AUUGAAGCCGCUGGCUGUAUCGUCUCGGAGAUCCGGUACAGCCGUCGUUGUCCGUUGCCGCAAAAUAUCUUUUUAGUCUUAGCUUUAGGGGUUCUCGUUGUUCCGGCUUUGUCCCUCCUCCGUACCGAGAUUUCACUCGAUGUUGCGCGUUCCAUCGCCGGCCCAAUCUGUUAGCUGGCGCUCAUUGUAGCCCUUCAACCAUGAUUCAUGGUCCACCGCCAAGUGUGUCCCUCCGAUUGUAAAAGCCUCAGGCCGGAAGGUGUCUCAAUUCCUCCAGAGCAAUCACAGCUCAGCAUUGUUGUAUCUCACUCCACCCGAUUCCCUCCGACGGGCUAAGCAACCCGUGCAGAGCUCAAUCCCCUUGCCUAAUUCGCACCCGUGAUAUCAUCCCCAUUCCCAUCAUUUUUCAGCAGUCUUGGACUGCUGAAUAGAGGGCAAAUAUCUUGUUUGUGGGAGGUUUUCGUCUGUUCAAGUUCGUGCUCAAGUCAUAUUCUCACCCGUGUACGCCGUAACAAUCAUCUCUCCCAUAUUCAGCGUUGUUCCCUUCUUCCCAGCGUUGCCCCGGCUGACAUCCUCACCCCCCUGACAAUAUCCACCCGUGUGGGCCCACCUAUCCUCACUUUCUUCCCGGCUCCAGACGCUCUCUCUUCCCUUUUCCUUUUCCCACUACCGUCUGUCUCGUGCUGAGCUCCGUAUUCCUUUUCUUUAAACCUCCCAUCAGCCUCUCCCUCUUUCAAACAUCAACCAUCUCCCCUCACACAUCAAUCACAAUGGCCUCUUCUCGUGUCUUCGCCUCUCGCCUGGCCUCCCAGAUGGCCGUCAAGGCCGCUCGCCCUGCUGUCCGAGCCCCCGUCGCUGCUGCCAGCAAGCGAACCAUCUCUGGUAAGUUUCUGAUGCGGCAAAAAAUUUUCUUCAAGCUCAAUUGAGCUGGUGUCGAACCCGACUCGAUCGAACUUCGCCCAUCACGAUGAAUGAACAAUUCGCUCACAAUCGAUUCAAGGCGCCAGCCCUCUCCAGGCCAUGAAGCGUCAGACUCUUCUCCAGGCUACCAGCCGCAACGCCUUCCAGGUGCAGCGCCGUGCCUACUCCUCCGAGAUCGCCCAGGCCAUGGUUGAGGUCUCCAAGAACUUGGGUAUGGGUGCCGCCGCCAUUGGUCUGACUGGUGCCGGUAUUGGUAUCGGUCUCGUCUUCGCCGCCCUCCUCAACGGUGUUGCCCGCAACCCUGCCCUCCGUGGCCAGCUCUUCUCUUAUGCCAUUCUGGGUUUCGCUUUCGUUGAGGCCAUCGGUCUGUUCGAUCUGAUGGUUGCCCUCAUGGCCAAGUUCACCUAAGUUAUUUCCCGGCCAAUUGGGUAGGCUCGUGCCGAAUGAUCGAGUCAACGAGACAGGGGAGGUUGCUGAGCAUAGUGCAUUGUGCCAUAUCCUGAGAAAUUUGAUAUGGGUGCGCUUGAUGCUAGCUUGCACGAUAGAGGGGAGGUUGUCUUGUAAUAGACGGGAUAGAGAUCUGGGAGUGACAUUGGUCAUAGGCACUUUCCUAUGAUUAGAGUUGGGGAAAUUCUGCAUAAUUCCUCCCAGGGAUCAAUUUGUAAAAUAAAAAGCCUCAUUCAUCCCGCUUCUUCCAAUGCAUAUGGAUAUUUUCCUUGUUUCACCAUCACGAAAUAAAUGGUUCAUCUGAUAAUCGUGACUUCACAUAUCGAUGGUCCCAAUUGACGUCUCAAUUAACGUUAAGUCGAUGACAUCGUUCCCAGUAGCUUUGUCCACUGCAUGGGAGCUGUAAACAUGAGGCAUUUGCUGAGCUCCCGUGGGCCGGUGCUGG